AUGAUUGAGAACGCUACAUUAAUUAAACAAGGAGCCGAAGCCCGAAUACAUACGGCACCAUUUUUGACACGAACUGCCAUAGUUAAAGAAAGGUUUUCGAAAGCUUAUCGACAUCCUAUUCUUGAUAAGAAGUUAACAACAAGAAGAGUUAACCAGGAAGCUCGAUGUUUGUUCAAAUGUCGUAAAUCAGGAGUUGACACACCAGCAUUAUAUUUUGUGGAUACGGAAAAUAGUACGAUUUAUAUGGAAUUUGUCCGAGGAACGAUCGUCAAAGAUUUACUUGUCACGAAUAGUGUAUACAUUCAAAAUAAAGUAAAACAAGAUGAAUUGGCCAAAAAGAUUGGAAUUGCAUUGGCAAAAGUGCAUGAAAUUGAUAUCAUUCAUGGAGAUUUGACCACUUCCAACUUAAUGCUGAGAGAAUCCAAUCAAUCUCUGGUGGUUAUUGAUUUUGGAUUGAGUUACAUAUCAUCAUUGCCUGAGGAUAAAGCUGUUGACUUGUAUGUACUUGAAAGAGCUUUUUUGAGCACUCACCCUAAUUCUGAAGAAAUGUUUACUGAGAUUUUAGAUGCUUAUCGGAAAAAUUAUAAUGCUUCACAAGGAGUGCUGUCUAAAUUAGCUGAGGUUCGAUUACGGGGACGAAAGAGAAGCAUGAAUAUGCAAUAUGGUACUCAAGGAAAAGUUAUUCAUAGAGCAUCGGUGUUUAAGUUAAAUAUAGAAAGAGCAUCUGUGUCAAGUUCUCGUUUAUAUACCAAUAACAUGAAAGUGAUUCAUGGACCACCAGAAUAUAAUCAAAUUUUAGGUAAAAGUGAACUUGAAGGAAAUGAAAAAAAAAUUGAAGGUGAAUGUGAUAUGUCAAGCAUGGGAAAAAAAUUCGAGAAAGAAAAACGUGAUAAAAGGAGAAAAAAGAGAAAAGAACAGGAGAAUGUGGAAUAUGUUGAUAGGGGAUAUUGGAGUGAACCUGUUGGUGUUGAAAAGAGAGAGAGAUGA